AUGGCUCCAGCUGGAGUACCACAAUACGUGCUAGAUCAUGCACCGCUCGUCUACCUCUACUCAAAGGACCCCUACCACCCCUCCUCCCCCGCGGCUACACUCGCCAACACCCGCCCUCAAAUCUCCUUGAAAGACGUCUUGAUCCCAUCGUCUCCCCUGACUCUCUCCAAUCUCGACCAGCUAAAUAACGUCGGCUCAAACAGCGGUAGCGACGUCUACCUCACCAGCCACGUCGACAUCACCACGAACCCCAAAUGGCUGGAGGGAGUCAAGAUCGACGGCAACGGAGGAACGGCGCAGGAGAAGACGUGCGUGAUCAUCGUGGUGGAUAAGGGGAAUGGGACAGUCGAUGCGUUCUAUAUGUAUUUCUUUGCGUUUAAUUGGGGUGGUGUGGUUUUGGAGAAACAGCUCGGGGACCAUGUAGGAGACUGGGAACACAACAUGAUUCGCUUCAUCAACGGCGUGCCUAAAUAUGUCUGGUUCUCUCAACACGCGAAUGGUGAGGCGUUCACCUUCUCCGUGCUGAAGAAAGAUAAGGCCGGCAAAAGACCCCUCGCCUACUGCGCAAACGGCUCGCACGCCCUCUUCCCCACCCCCGGCCUCCACGACCACACAAUCCCCAACCUAAACCUCCCCUUCAAGUUCCUCCUCGUCGACGAAACAGACACCGGACCUUUGUACGACCCGUUACUCUCAGCGUACUUCUACGCGUACAACGCCGCAGAUCGAACCCUAACGCCCCCCGACCCCGCCUCCCCAACGGGCUUUCUCUACUUCCGCGGCCGCUGGGGCGACGCGCAGUACCCGGACUCCGACCGGCGCCAGCAGGAGCUCGUGGGGAAUAAGAAGUAUGUUGGCGGGCCGACGGGGCCGCUGGAUAAGCAGUUGGAUAGGAAGGAAGUAUGGCCCCAGAACUCCAGCAGCGGCGGACAAAUCAUCCGCACGAGUCUCGACGUCGACGGCGGGCGGUUCAAGCAGUUUUUCGGUAAGCUAAACUGCUUGGGUAAGGGUAAAGGGAAGCAGGCGAAGGGCGUGAAGAGGGUGCUUGUUAGUGGGGAGGAGGUGAGGAAGUGA